UUCUGUCCGCACCCGCAGCCGCUGCCGGGCCCCGGGAAGUGACCCGGGAAGGGACUGGAAGUCCAGGCGAAGUGAGGGUGGAGGGUCGGCUCACAGGCAGCCUUAGAGAAAGUCCGCCUUCGACCUGUGCGAGAGGGGCUCUCGGUGGGACGUGGGGCAGGAGGCAGCCUCGGGCUAGAGCCUGGGGCUGGCCCCCAGCGGGCAGCUGUCGUCUGGGGCCCUAGAGCCGGGUGGCCCUCCUCUCACCCUUCCCAGCGAAGAAACACUGUCAUAGGGAUUCUGUUUGGGUCUGAGGCAGGCACCUUUUCUGGGACCUAAGAGACUAGUGGGCACAUACGGGAAUGAAUGAAGCCACAUAGCCUUCAAAUGACUUAAGAAACUGUUUUAAAGUUUUAGCAAUUUCUUAUCCCAUCCCUUUUCUCCUUUCCAGCCACCAGUGGAGUUGUGGGCUCCGGAGGCAGGGAGGCAGCAUUUUGCCCUUCAAGCUUUUGUCCUUUCCGGAAGUGGGGAAGGGGUGGGGGAGGCCUGGGGUGGGUGGAUUUCUCUCUUCAGGUCUUCAGACAUGGCUGUCCAUUCCUUGCAUGUCCCCACAGCAAUUCCUGCAGACUCUUUUUUCCUGAGGAUCCUAUUAAGAUUGUCAGAGGCCAAGGGCAGUACAUGUACGAUGAAGAGGGGACAGAAUACAUCGAUUGCAUCAACAAUGUGGCUCACGUUGGGCACUGUCAUCCUCUUGUGGUCCAAGCAGCCCAUGAACAGAACCAGGUGCUCAACACCAACAGCCGAUACCUGCACGACAACAUCGUGGAUUAUGCGCAGAGGCUGUCAGAGACCCUGCCAGAGAAGCUCUGUGUGUUUUAUUUCCUGAAUUCUGGGUCAGAAGCCAAUGACCUGGCCCUGAGGCUGGCGCGCCAGUACACAGGACACUGGGAUGUGGUGGUAUUGGACCAUGCUUAUCACGGUCACCUGAGCUCCCUGAUCGACAUCAGUCCCUACAAGUUCCGGGACCUGGACGGCCAGAAGGAGUGGGUCCACGUGGCACCUCUCCCAGACACCUACCGGGGCCCCUACCGUGAGGACCACCCCAGUCCGGCUGUGGCCUACGCCAGCGAGGUGAAACGUGUGGUCAGCAGUGCGCAGGAGAAGGGCAGGAAGAUCGCAGCGUUCUUCGCAGAGUCUCUGCCCAGUGUGGGAGGGCAGAUCGUUCCCCCUGCUGGUUACUUCCCGGCAGUGGCGGAGCACAUCCGCAGGGCCGGAGGGGUCUUUGUUGCAGAUGAGAUUCAAGUGGGCUUUGGCCGAGUGGGCAAGCACUUCUGGGCCUUCCAGCUGCAGGGGGAAGACUUUGUCCCUGACAUUGUCACCAUGGGCAAGUCCAUCGGCAAUGGCCACCCUGUGGCCUGCGUGGCCACAACCCAAGCUGUGGCGAGGGCAUUUGAAGCCACUGGCGUCGAGUACUUCAACACGUUUGGGGGCAGCCCAGUGUCCUGCGCUGUGGGACUGGCCGUCCUGGAUGUCUUGGAGAAGGAGCAGCUGCAGGCUCACGCCGCCUCUGUGGGCAGCUUCCUGAUGGAGCUCCUUGGGCAGCAGAAAGCCAAACAUCCCAUCCUUGGGGACAUCAGGGGCGUUGGGCUCUUCGUUGGUGUGGACCUGAUCAAAGAUGAGGCCACGAGGAUGCCAGCAACCGAAGAGGCUGACUACGUGGUGUCCAGGCUGAAGGAGAACCACAUUUUGUUAAGCACGGAUGGCCCGGGGAAGAACGUCCUGAAGUUUAAGCCCCCCAUGUGCUUCACCUUGGACAACGCACGACUUGUGGUAGCAAAGUUGGAUGCCAUCCUGACAGAGGAGAAAGGCUGGCUAGUCUGGGUGGCUCUGCGGUCUUUCCCAGACAUGGAAGAGAACGUGAGAAGCUGUGAGACCCUGAGGCUCCGGCCCUGAGGGAGGCCCUGCUGAGGCGUGUCCUUCUCUGGCUUGGCCUUAAAAAGGAUGGAGUUCAGGCUUUGGAGUCAGAGGGGCCUGGGAUGGAAGGUUAAGCGCCUGGCACAGCCUUGCCCUACCCUUCUGCCCACCUGCCCAUGGGUGUGCCAAGACUCAGAACAGCCAGAGCCAAGCACGCCCCACCGUGCCCCACCACUCAAGAGUGAUGCAGAUAGACACCCCCUCUGCCCUGGGGCCCUACAGCUCUUCCACUCCAAGCAGCAACAGCACCACAGCCUCGACCCAGGAGAACCAGUCCUGGUCCUGCCCACCUGGCUGCAAUGAGCACUAGAGGCCAGAAAGCCCCCACUGACAGGCACAGAAGCUCCAUGCAGGCAGGAAAACAGAACCUGUCUUCACUGGGGAUCCACUCACCUCCUCCACUGCCGCCACCACCGCCGCUGCCUCGGUUCCCUCGGUUGCGAUUCCCGCGGCCCCCGGAGCCAUACUGCUGCUGUUGAUAAACCUCUUUAGGCUGAGCCACCUUGAUUUCACACUGAAAGCCAAGAGAGCAGUGGGUCAUGCCAGCAGGAAGAGCUCUGGGCAGGGAGUGUGCAUAAAGGCCUUCACUGACCAACAUUCAGAUGGCUCAUCUUGUCUACCUGCUCAUAAACAGCACGUGCUGCAAUGGAAACCACCCCGGGGCUAGCUCUGAGAAGCACAACUAGUACCCAGACUGACUGAAACUCACACACAAGCACCUUUUUGGCUCAAGCCCUUCCCCAGGACACUUGAAAUGAUGUGAUACACCAGUAGGUCUGCGGAGGGUCACCCUUGGGCGCUCCACAUCUAACAAGUGGGAAGAGAGCUGCGAGACAGCUGGGCCAGUGCCGGGCCAGUGGAGGAAGACACCACACCAGGUGUUAGUCUGCAGCCACCUUGGCCCCAGUGGGCAAGGGAGUCAAAGAAGGCCUCCAUUAGAGAAAAAACGCCUUCCUUUUCCCCCAACAAGAAAUAAAGCAUCCCACUCAAAUAUGCCAGUGAGGCAGCAACCCUAACCUCCAUCUUACAUAGGAAGAAAGCCACUGACGUUCACGGCAGGCCUUCCGUAAGGCCACAGUGCUCCCCCCACUUCCUCCAACCACUAGUCUGUUGUUGGGACGGGCUAGAUGUGUCCCCUUAGGGCCCAGAGUCUUAUUUCCUUUUUGCUCACAACUGUCUAGUGCGGGUGGGGUCACAGACCUUCCAGUGCUCCUGCUCAAGUGUUUUUUUUUUAAAAAGUCCACUGACACAACCUGCCCUCGUUAAGACUAGUAAGAAACCACUUUGUACAAGACAUCCCUAUACAAGCACUCAUAUAAAAAUUAGCAAAUUAUCCCCAAGUGAUGUAAUACCAUGUUUUCUAUCUCAAGUUUAAAACGCCAAAUACACCAACUAAAUAAACUUACUCUGCGACCACCA